AAUACAAUCGAUAUUAGCACUAAUGUCUGCAUAUAAAUAGAACAGUUGCUAGGUUCACCUACGGGUCUCUAGAAAUUCCACAUUUCUACAAUCGCGCAGCGUUUUGAAUGCCCGUCCGACCCCACGAACAAUUAUGAUAACAGAAAUACCCAGUGGGUACGAAUUAGGUGACUAACUCACUAUCAUUUGGUAUUGCCAGUAAACGUCAAUAGCAAACUGUCUCCGUUAUACCUCCAGUUUUGCCCAAGUGCCUAAAAAUCUCUUCUCCUAGAACCCCAGUGAAGAUGUACUUACCGAUCUUGACCACCACCCUGGCAGUCAUAUCAGUGCAGCUCUCAGCAGCAGCAGUGCUUCCCCAAAAUGAGAAAUCAACGAGUAAUCCCUUGACCAGCCAUCAAGACGUGAAACCGGACGUCAAGGAUUCACCUCUCUUGAUACACGCGAUGUCCACCCCCCGCCCGGACGUUGAACAGACCCAUACAGUCUCCAACACCGACAAGUCUGUGAUAACCACCGGCGACAGCGAAAUCCUGAACCAGAUCGAUCGGAGCUUCACAUCAAAGACAUCCCCAUCAGCUGACGAAGUUAUUGACGAAGUCAAUCAAACAUACGGAGUCAAACACGGUGGCGAGGAGGCUGUGACCCAGGUGAACGAAGUUCACGACUACGCCCAGGGCCAAGACCCGAGUGGUGUAAACGACGUCUACGCGAGAGAAGAGACGGACACAGUCUUCGCGGUGGGUAACUCGAAGGGAGAAAUGGAGAUGAUCGGCAAGAGUAACUCGAAUACAGGAGAACAGAUAUCGACUCCCGAUGGCGUUGACCACACCUUCAUCGUAGCUGACGAUCGAGCUCUUCAUCAAGUUGAGAAUAAAGAGAGGCUUGAGGUGAAUGGACAGAGUGAAACAGAUAUGGUGUAUAUGGCAGCGACCUCUGACGAUGUUGAAUCAUUCUAUCAACUCAACAAUAUCGGCCAGCAUAAUCUCGUCCGUAAUAAUCAAGGUGUUGAGAAAGAGACCGAAGAGUCCAGUCUCACAGGGUUCGGUUAUGCAGACGAAGUUACCGAAGCUCUUGCUCUGGAUGAUACUCAGAAGACCAUGAGCAUCAGCAAUAAAGAUGUUCAGGCGUCAGUCGGGGUGGGCAGGACCAAUGGUCGUUAUGAUUCAACGGAUUCGAGUGGAAAUAAAGAUAUUCUGCUGAUCGACGACACUGCCCAUAAUAUCAAUGUGAAAGACGGUGACCUGGGAGUUUCGUUGAACACCAAUGACAUGAAUAAUAUCUACGGAUUCAAAGAUCAAGACGGUAACGUUGAAGGUUAUCAAGGAAACGGAAGGGAUCAUUCGCUUACGGUCACUGAUGGGGUGAUGACAGCCAACUUUGAUCUGAAUAACGUUGACGAGUUGUUUGGUACUUCUACUGCUGACGGUAUUGAUGAGGUGCAUAAGAUCAAUCAGGCUGGGAAAAGUGUAGUGAUUGAUGAUGGAGAACGAGGGGUUGCCAUGGGGGUCAAUAAAAUCGACGAGGUACAUGGAGUUUUUGAUAAUGGUGAUGUGAAAGCGAGUUAUCAAGGCAAUCAAGUUGACAAGGUCCUCGCAGUUGCUGAGGGCUCUUCAGGAUCGAGUCUUCAGACGAGUGAAAUGAGUGGCGUCUUGCAAGUGAUGGAUGAUGAGGGAAAGAUGCAGGUGAUAUCAACCGGAGGCCAGAUGGUAGGUCAAGCUAUCGUUGUCGGGGAUGAUCCGGUCGAUGGGAAUUAUAUGGCUGGAAAAAUGGAUGAAGUCAUGUGGAUAGACAGUGUUGAGGCACCCGAUGUUGACAAUUAUCAGCUGAGCAAGAGUUCUCCUGCUCCGGACAUGACUCAUUUGAGUACAGCCAGACCUGAGGACUAUCAAAGAUCUGAGAGUCCUCUAGACGUAGGAAUAGCCGGCUUGAGUACUCCGGGACCACAGGAUGAGACUCCUGAUGUCAUUGUCAUUCAACAAGGAGUCACUCUGACUCAGGAUAAUAAAUAUACGAGCUCUGACACCUCUGCAGGGGCUGUUACUUCGGCUUUCAAUGGUUUCCAUCGUCUUGUCGACAAGUUUGAUCGACUUUAUCAGAUCGGUGAUGUGGGGCGAAUUGGGGGCAUAUUUGGAGGCGGACGAAAAAGCAAGAUCGAUGUACAGAUCACGAUCGAUAUGGAUAUCUGAUGAUAGAGAUGAGUAGAUUUUUUUUUCUUUCUUUCCCUAUAAUUUACUGUCUGGUUGUGUGCACAGAAGCCGAGGAUGAGUGUUAGUCCUCGGCGAAGAAAUUUCUAUUUGUUAUCAGGAGGAGAUAGUUGCACCAAUAAAAUAUUGAAGUUGGAAAUGAAAAAGGAAAAACAA